AUGUUUUCUAACAGAGAUAUAGGCUCUGUAAGAGAUCAUUUGCUACUCUAUCUACGUGGCAAGUGCGAUCCAACAAGCGCGACUUCCAUAUUUGUGUCACCAGCCGCGUGAAAGUAGCUCCUUCCAAAACAUGAAGUUAUCAAAUCCGCCCCUGCCGUCUACAAUCCUUCAAAUUAGCUUGUUUUUCACUUGCUGCCACUUGCUGCCACUUGUUUUUCUCGGAUCUGAUCCGUAAUUAUGAACAUCAACUAUUCAUACUCACCAUUGACGGCCUUUAUAUCAAAUUAAACAGUCAGCCAGCAGAAGAAUAUUAUACUGUUACCAACAAAGCGAGACCGUCAACCAAUUGCUCUUUCAAAGAAGCACCUCCUUUACAGCUUGAGACAAUGGCCUAUAAGAUUGAGAAACGCAGACGUAGCUCCAGCUCCUCAGAAUACGUAGACCCCAGACGAGUCGCUCCUCCACCGAAGCUCAUCCGCCACGGAUACAACACUCGAAAAAGCCGAAGUCAAAGUCCAGACCUAACAGACUCGCCCCAUCCAAAAAGCGAUUAUUCCCCCACCACAAGCAACCUCGCCAAAAUUGCACAGGUAUCCCCCAUCAUCAAAGCAGAAACAGAAUCUCCCGUCCUAGAGGCGUUCCCCGAGUUCGACAUCAGCUCCUCCUUCCCCUCCCAGAUGUCCGUCGACGUCGACUCCAUCAACCCCUUUGAAAGCCCCGACCCUGACUCCCCCAUGCCCCAGAACGCCACAGAAUCAGAAUCCAGCAUCAAACUCGGUUCCGAUGUCGAACUCACCGCCUUCCACCCCCCCGAAGUCCUCUGCAUCGGCCACAGCACCCUCCCGUUCUUCAGCCUCACCGAGCUCCUCAAACCAAUGGAUGUUUCUCACAUCGUCGACAUCCGCUCCAGACCAGUCUCAAAUGUUAGCCCGCAGUUCAAUUUUGCGAAGCUGCAUUCCAGCUGGCAUCUCAUGAUCGCAGACAUGCAGUAUGUCUGGCUUGGGGAGUCGCUCGGGGGACGAAGGGAGAAUAUGGAGGGCGUGAUGAGACACAGGGAGAUGCUCGUGCCGGACUUGAAGAACUACGCGGCGUACAUGACUACCCCGGAAUUCAAAGCGGGAUUGGCCCAGUUAAAGGAACUGGUGAUAGAGCAGGCGAAGAAAAAGAGGAGGGUCGUGAUUAUGUGCGAGGAGGCGGUGCAUUGGCGGUGCCAUCGACGCAUGAUUGCGGAUAGACUUGUGGCCGAUAAUUACAUUGUGAAGCAUAUGGGGUUAAAGGCGAAAGAGUGCGUGGAACAUGUGAUGUGGAAUAUUGCAAGGCUUGCUUUGGAUGGGGAGGUGGUGUAUGAUGUGCCGCGGCUUGUUAACUGAGUUGGAUGUCAACCCUCACUGGAAAGGCUGAUUAGAUUAUCGAAGAGGAAGUGUUCUCCUUUUCUCUGUAAGGCUGGGAGUGUACGUGACUUGGCGGG